AUGCAGCUGGCGCCCCAAGAAAAGUCGGCCUCAGGGAAGAGGACGAGAUUGAAUGGCUGGAAACGGUUCACAAGGAAGCCGAGCCCUAAGAUUGCAUUUGAUCCUGACAAUGUGGAACAGUGGAUGAAGAAAGUGGAGAGAGCCUCAGAAUUGGCAGUUUCAGAAGCAUUUUCUCUUGGAAAUUCAGCUUUAACCAGAAAGCUUUGGGGCCAGGAAGUAGAUUUGGAAGCAUCUGAGCGAAUGAAAGAUCAUGACGAUGCCUAUACAGAAGGUAAGGAAAUACUUUUCUUAUUUUUGCUGCAGUAUUUAUAUGGCUAUUUGGAGGAAGAAGAGGAAAGUACCACCGUUCAGAAAUUUAUAGACCAUCUGCUCCAAAAAGAUGUGGUGGAUUCUGGGAUGUUGGAAGAACUUGGAAAGAAGGAAAACCAAGACAAGAAGCAGCAGAAGGAUCCUCGUCUUACCAUGGAGAUGAGACAUAAGCAGGUGAAAGAAAAUCGCUUAAGACGUGAAAAAGAACUAGAGCGCCAAAGAAUGGAGAAAGCCCUGAAAAAAUCGGCCUUCUUAGAGGCCCAGUGCCUGGUGCAAGAAGAGAAGAAAAGAAAGGCUCUGGUGGCCAAGAAGGAGGAGGAGGAGAUUCAAAAGGAGAUGGUAAAGCUGCGAAGAGAGAUAAUUGAGAGGAGACGCACUGUGGCAGAAGCGUGGAAAACAGAGAAGAAAAAGCAAGAAGAAAAUUAUCAAAAGAAGCCAGGAACAGACUUGUUUGGAAGUGCUCAACUUCCUCUGGAAGAAGAAAAAAUGGCAAAAGAAAGAAAGAAGAAAUUGAAAGAAUUAUUAAUACAAAUUUCCAAGGACAAUUACCAGUGUCAACGACGUUAUUUCUCUGCCUGGCACCAGUUAAUUCUUGAUGAUAGGAUUAAGCUGGGGAAAGCUGGGACCCUCUCUGACUGGAAGUUCCAACUAAAGGUCCUGCGAGCCUGGAGAGACUACACGAGAUCCCAGAAGCUGAAGCGAGAGACUCAAGCUGUGGAAAAUGACCUUAGGGAAGAAAACAGAAAACAGCAAGUGGCCACUGAAUAUAACAGGAAACAAGUUCUGCGACACUGCUUUGCAGAAUGGCAGCAUUGGCAUCGUGUGGAGAUCCAAAAGAGAGCUCUGGCUCUAACGAAAGAGGAAACCAGGAGGAAAAUGGAUGUGCUGCUGAAAGCAGCUUCACUCGGGAAGCUCACCGCGAAUGAGUCUUCACACAGAAGUGGUCUGCUUGAGAAGGCAGCGACCUCUCUGGAUCCAUCUGGAAGAAGUGGAGAGGGGACUGCUGUGCCUUCUUUGUGGGGAAAACCACCAGUGCACACCCUUCCUCAGGAAAGAUCACCAAAGAGCACCUUGCAGGGCCCUCUUCAGAAUGUUCCUUUAAACACACCUGACAAUCAGGAGUGUAGGACCGUGGAUAAUGAGCCCUCCUUCCAGAAGGCUAGUGGCAAUGAAAAGCUCAGAGUCACCAGCCAGAAAACAGAGCCCAUGUGCAUAGGCCAUUUUCACAACCGCCACGUCUUCCAGCAACAGCUGAUUGAGAAGCAAAAGAAGAAACUUCAGGAACAGGAGAAAAUCAUUCUUGAGCUGAAGGAAAACCAGCGGCUGGCAGAGGCUCGGUGGACAGCAAAGAGUGCGUCUGCAGCCACAGAUGCACGUAGCCACCAGCUGUCAAACGUCAGUGAAGAGGAACCAAGAAGAGUGUGUCAGACACUUCUUAAUUCACCUGCUGCUGCUUCUAGGACUGAGGACAAGAGAAGUGACUCCCAAAAUUCUCUUUCUAGACCCAGAAGGAACACAAGGCAGCUGAUGGCGCCCCAUCCCAUAUUGAAAGCCAUGGAAGAGAGAGCAAUUCAGCGAGCUGAACGUAGGCGUAUCUUGGCAGAGAGGAAGAAAAAACAAGAAGAGGAAAAACUGGCCCAAUUAAAAGCCCAAGAGGAGGAACGUCAGAAGAGGGAGGUGGAAGAAAAAAUUGCUCAGCUUGAAAGAAGGCGAGAAGAAAAGAGACUGAAGAAAAUGAAAGAACUAGAGAAGCAGAAGCGCAUUGAGAGGAAUCGGCAGUUGGAGGCAAUAGCAAAAGAACAUUAUGAAAGGGUCCUGCUAAGGAAAAAAGGUUUGGAGCCUUGGAAAAGAAUGAGAUUGCAGAACAUACAGAACAUUCAGGUGGCCAAAGAACAUCACUCUUCGGCAUUACAGAGGAAAUGCCUGCUGGCCUGGGUGCAGUGCACUCAGGAGAACCUGACUAGAAGGGCUGCCCAGGCUGAUCAGGUCUAUGCCCACAAUCUGCUUCAGAGAGUCAUCAGGGGCUGGCUGCAGUACCUGACUGAUCUAGAAAAAAAAGCAAGGAAAUUUUAUGAACAUUUUCUCCAGAAGAAGCUUUUCAGGGCCUGGCUUAACACGGUCAGAGAGGCCAAGAUUGAUUUUCAGAGCAAGUACAAAAUUGCAGAGGAGCACAGUAACAGGCGGAUUUCCAGGGCCAUAUUUCAAACAUGGAAGCAGUCUGCAAGACUUCUGAAAGAAGAAAGAUUAAGAGAAGAAAGGAGAGACCAACUCCGUAGGAAAGUAGCUGAAAUUCUUCCAGACUUCCAGAUGUUGGCACCACCGUAA